CUCGCAGUUAAGUAGUAGUCCCCAGAGCUCCUCAUACUUCAUUCUACACCAGAAAAUCUCGUCUCGAACAUCGCCCGAAGUGACUUGUUUCAGUGCUUCGACUCCUACCUGUAGAGCAUAAAAAUCCUCUUCCCCUCUUCUGAGCUUCUAGCAGUCUGCGCAGUUGUGUACAUAUUGGAUUGUUGUCAGCAUCACCGCGUCGGCUUCCUCUGGAGUUGUGAGCAAUCCUUGAGCGAUUUCGGCCACAGAAGGCACUAAUCACUGUCGAGUUUCUUUCGUAACUCAGUUCGAAAACAGGAAUCUCUUAAAACCUGCAAGGAGAUGGAAACUGCAGGAGAGCGUGCGGCCAUUGGCGCCGAAACAGCUCGCAUGGAGGGUCGCGGUGCAGCAGGUCAAGGAAUGGAGGCAGCCAAGGCCGCCGCUACCGGGCGGGUGGGAAGGCCCAGGCACCGACGCGUGAGGCUCCCCGGACAAAGCAGGAGCAGGAGCGUCAGCAGUUCUUUGAGCAGCUCCGAUGAGGAAAGCAUGCGACGCCGACAUGGCGCAGAGGGAGUCAGGACUGUUGUCAGCAACGAAGGAGAGGCCUUCUGCCCAAAUCCCAACGCAAGGAACCUUCCGAAGGAAUAUGAGACCAGGGUGCAGGUCAUUCAGCGAUACCCUGAGAUGCGAACUGUGGAGAAGACCGAUUACGUGAAGGAGAUUGUGAAUGAAGAGCGCACCAUCAUUGUGCCCAAGACUAGGGUUGUUAUGGAUGAGGUUCAACACGUCGAUCGUUUACCCAUUAUUAGAGAUGUGCCGAAGUCGCGGAUCGAGAUUGUGUAUAGAGUUGUUCCUGAGGAGCGUGAGGUAACCGACAUGGUACCCUUGGUCGAGUAUGUCGAUACUCCGAGGAUUGAGAGAGUUCCCCGGGUCAUCGUCGAGGACAUCGAGGAAAGAAUCAGAGUACCAGUUAUCCGAGAGGUUCCAGUCACCCGAAUGGUCGAGGUUCCCACCGGAAACUACUGCGAGGCACCCGCUGGCGAAUUCGUCAACCCAUCGGACCUCAACCUUAUGGGUCACCACCACCACCACCACGGUCACAAGACUGGCGGCUUGCUGAACAGAACCAGCAGUUCGUCGUCCUCAUCAUCAUCUGACAAUGAGCAUGGCCUCCACACUCACAACACAACGGUUGACUCAAUGGAUACUGGUCUUCCAGGGCACCAUCACCAUAACUCCCUCGAUGGAACCACAACCGGCACAGACUUGGACACCACCCACACAGCGGCGCCGAAGAGGAGGUCGGGAUUGUUGGGCAGGAUCAUCCACCACUAAGUUCCCCCACAUCGGCCAGCGCUGUUUAUCACGAUCUGUGCAUGACUUUCCACUCGCUGAGCCAUGAAUGAAGACCCCAAUACGAUACAAGGUCGGAUUUCUGAAAUAAGUUUGCAAGUUACAGAGGUGGAGAAACCGUCACGCCGAUGGUCGGCUUGCUAGUUUCAUUCCACACCGUACAUUACCCGAUUGCCACUUUUAUUAUUCUUCAACACCAUUCCUCGAAUUUACUUUGUACACUUGGAUUCUACACAGUUUUUGUAGCAAGCUAUUUUACUGUAAUUUAUUACUGUUCCGCGUGUCCUAUUCUUGGUUUCAAUAUAAGAACAAUGCAUUUUUCGUUCAA